AUGGUUGGAAUGGUUGUUGUUUUAUUCAUACUUACAAUUUCUAAAAUGCAAACAAUCUCCUCAAAAUCGCUUUAUGCAUUGCGUCUUUUGGAAGGUCAUUUCCUGGUCACAGAAGGACCGCUACUGAAAUUUGAUGGAAGGUUAUUACAGAAGAAUACUGACGAAUUCAUAACGCAUGCUGAUAAAAUUCAACGACAGUUAAAUCUUAUCUAUCGGCAAAGUGGCUAUGAAAUGGGAUAUAUUGGAUCGGAAGUGACAAAGUUCAGAUUCGUACCGGCAGUACCAGCUCUUAAUGUAACAUUCAUUUUGAAGACACGAUCUGAUUUAAAUAUCGACGUUUUCAAUUUCUUAUCCAUAUUCAGGAAUCAUGUACGGGCACGUGGAUUUGAUGGGAAUGCAAUCGAUGACAAAAAUAUUAGCCUAAAAAUUAAACGCUUUUAA